GUUUUGUUUAGGAAAGAACUACUGCAUAUUUGGUUUCAUUUUGAUCGUCAUUUUUUUAUGGCAGCAGAAUCUCCGGCGACCGAGGACUGCCUCGGGUAUGCACCCCGUGCUCAUUGCAAGCCGUUUCCGCCAGUUUGGGUGUAUUGUUAAUGCUGUCGCUGUGUAGCUGCCGCCUCACCGGGUCCGCCACGCUGCUGGGUGUUGGCGCCUACUUUCUCAACGAGCGUUCCAAACUGCCGCGUCAUGACCUGGGUCAACGUCGCUGGUUGCUUAUCUGCGCAGGCUCGUUUGCCGCUGCUGGAGUCUGGCGAGCCACGACGCACCUAUUCGAGACGCCGGCAGCCACAGCAGCGGCAAAGUCUUCGCCAACUACGAGACCGGAUACACAGCCAUGAUACGCCUGUAAAGGCUGCAGCCAGGUAGCGCGUGGUUGGUUCGGAAUCGUGGACACGCACAAGCAAGAGCAACACCGCACCGAUGAUAAAUAGCGUCAAUGUAUGCUUUUUUAUGCUGGUAGUGGUUGCUUUCUCUCCUUUUCUUUUCAGUGAGCCCCAUCGCCACUAUCGUUGCGCUGAGGCUUCGUAUGGUACAGCUCAUGCAAAAAGAUAAAGCCUAAACAUGCACAGUGCUCGCGGUUCUGCCUCACUAAUUCACCCCAA